AUGCCUACCGCUUGGAUACGUCUUGAUAACCGGCGGAAUGUCGUGUUCGGCCGUGCUCUCCUAGAUUCCGGCUGCCAGCACACCCUUAUCACCCGUGAGUGGGCCUCCAAGCUUCGUCUUCUCAUCCACCUGGGUACCUCUGUCAAUGUGGCGACUAGGCAGUUUCUUCGAUUAGAAAAUCGUCUAGAAAAUAACCCUGAUCUUCGUGUCGCCUAUCAUGAGUUUAUGCGAGAUUAUCUCUCGAGUGGUCAUAUGGAAUUGGUUCCUGAAUCAUUUGACCAUCCUCGAUAUGAACCUUAUUAUAUUCCUCAUCAUCCUGUUCACCGUCCAGAUGAUCCUGCUACUAAAAUUCGAGUUGUCUUCAACGCCUCUUGCGCAUCUGCUAAUGGCAAAUCCCUCAACGAUCUUCUGCUUACCGGCCCGAAGCUGCAAGCGGACAUUUCCACUCUUCUGCUUCGUUUUCGUCUACAUCAAUUUGUUUUUACUGCCGAUAUCAGACAGAUGUAUCGACAGAUCCUGAUACGCCCUGAGCAAAGGGAUUAUCAACGCAUCGUCUGGCGUUUCUCCAAACGGGAACCCCUCCAAUAUUACCGUCUGAACACAGUCACCUAUGGAGUUUCCUCGGCUCCUUACCUAGCACUUAGAACCCUUCAUCAGCUAGCUUCGGACGACGGACUCAGAUUUCCUAUGGCAAGGCAAGUCUUGCUGGAUGAAAUUUAUGUCGAUGACAUCUUGACCGGCUGUUCAUCCGAAUCUGAAGCUCUUGAAUUGCGAAAGCAGGUUCAAGACCUGCUCAUGGCGGGUGGUUUUGAGCUGCGUAAAUGGGCUACUAAUCAUCUUCCCCUGCUAGAUGGUAUCCCAUCUGAUCAUCGUAGGGAAUCCUCCUCUAUUGACCCCCUUCUUCUUGACCGUGAACCAAGUCUCAAAAUUCUGGGACUUGGAUGGAAUCCUGCAUCUGAUCACUUCUUUUAUUCCGUCCGUUUAAACUCAACGACAGUCACCAAACGGAAUGUGCUGAGUCAGAUGGCUAGAAUCUUCGAUCCUUUGGGAUGGCUAACUCCAGUCACUUUCUAUGCCAAAAUCUUCUUUCGUCAGCUCUGUCUACUUCAUCUAGAAUGGGAUCAACCUCUCUCGAAUGAGAUUCAAAACCGGUGGUUGCAGUUUCAAUCCCAGCUUCCCACUUUGACAGAGCUUCACAUACCACGAUUCAUCCCUGCCAUUUCUUCUUCUGCUCAUCGCUUCAUCGGCUUCUGUGAUGCCUCUGAAUCCGGCUAUGCUGCAGUUGUUUAUCUAAGCACUCCUACAUCGUCCGGUCGAUUCCACGUGUCUCUUCUAGCGGCCAAAUCCAAAAUUUCUCCUUGUAAGGCAAUGUCCUUGCCUCGUCUAGAACUCUGCGGUGCCCAUCUUCUCGCAAAACUCAUGCAUCAUUUGUCUACCCGCGCUUUACAGAAUCUCAGUGCUGACUAUAUUGCCUUUUGCGAUUCUUCUGUUGCCUUGUCGUGGAUCCGUGGUGAGAGUCACAGGUGGAAGACAUUUGUUGGCAAUCGAGUCGCUGAGAUACAGGAUUUGAUUCCUUCUAAUUGCUGGAGGCAUGUGAUAUCUGAAGACAAUCCAGCUGAUUGCGCCUCUCGAGGAUUGAUGCCCUCAGAUAUUCAUCACCACCCAUUGUGGUGGCGCGGUCCUCCUUGGUUGUCUCUCGACCCAUCAUCGUGGCCUCUUUCCUCUGUCGAUUCAUCUCAAACUGAACAGGUGGACGACGAAGCAAAGCCGAUCUCCUCCUUAAUGUUAGCGGCCAUCUCCAAUGAACCCACCUUCAUAGAACGUUUCUCUUCGUAUCUUCGUCUCAAGCGCGUAACUGCCUUUUGUCGACGUUUCAUGGUAAAUGCUCGUCGUCCAUCUUUCCCUCGCUCAGGUUUCCUCUCCUCUAUUGAGCUUCAAGAAGCUGAAAUUUGUUUGAUACGUCUAGUUCAGUCUCUGCAUUUCGCUGAGGAGCUAGCUGAACUUAAAAAACCUUCUUCUCGUCAUCGGCUUGUCAUGAAACUCCAUCUAUUUCUCGACAAUCAUGAACUUAUACGUGUCGGUGGUCGCCUUUCAGCCUCCUUACUACCUUAUUAA